AUGGCGGACGCAUUUCGCAAAUUCCCGCUCGCAAUCGCCCUAAGUCUAACCCUUCUCCUCCGCAUUUCCCUACCUUUCCCGCCAAUUGCCUCCGCCGCCGCGCAGGAAAACCCGUUGGCUACCCAGGUCUGUCGGAACACCACCGACUUCGAUUUCUGCCGGCGGUCGAUCUACUCCGACCCUCACGCCCCCACCGCCGACCGGGCGCUGCUCGCCGUCAUAAUCUUCACCAAGGCGUACCUGAACGCGACGGACACCAGGGACCACAUCGCCGCGCGGGUGAAGUCGGUAGCCGGCGGCGGAGGAGGAGAUUCCGGCGUGGCGCGUGGCCUGAGAAGCUGCCUCCGCCGCUACGACGAAGCGAUCCGCGCCGUGUCGGAGGUUCUGGGCGACCUGAACGACGACACGUUCUACGAUUUCGACAAGCUGUCGCUGGAGGCCGAGAGCAACGCGCGCGCCUGCGAGAGUGGGUUCCACGGGCGGUCGCCGAUAACUCCGAGGAAUGAAAUCUUCAUCAAGCUUGCCGAGAUUUGUUUCGCUGUUUCCCAGCUUUUUCCGUAUAACUAA